AUGUCACUGGGAGGAGUUCGUCAGCAGGGUGAAGUUCCAGCCUUCUGCCAGUGGCUCUCUGGAGGUACGGUCCCACCUAGCGUCUCUGCUCUUUCAUCCAUCCCUUCACCAGCCUUUGCAGGAGCCAGCUUCCAUCAAGCAGCUGAGAAGCCUCCUGCUCCUCACCUAUGGGCACGUGGUCCACUCAGGCCCCAUGGAUCUCAUCCUAGAGAGCACAGACUGCAAGAUCCUGUCUCCCAUGUGACAACACUAUUUUCUGAGCCCACACCACUUGCAGCCGUGGAUCUGUUCUCCCUGGGCCCAGGAGAGGAGCCGAGCUGUGAAAGCCAGCGCCCAGAUCUUCAUGUUCUAUCGCUUCAAAGCCAUCACCGAGGACUGGAAACCCAUGGCAGAGGAGGGCUACAUGGCUGGGCUGCUGACAAGCCACAGGACUUUGAUGUUCAGGAGGCCACCAGAUACUGGGCAUCUCAGGCUCUCUACUGGCUCUUCACACCUUGCAAAGCCAUCGUGCACACCAGGACAGAGGUGGUGGUGACUGUGAUGAGCAUGACGCAGAAGGAUGCCAGUUGCAGAGAAAGCCCUGCCCACGUUGCUAUGCCAGGUCAAGGCCAUCUGGAGAUUCCUAGGUGCAGACCCCACGCUGACCAGGGAGGUACUGCACAUCCUGCUGUGUGACAGCCCGGAGAAGGGCCAGGCUAACGCUAGACAGAACCAGGACAGGAGCUGCCCCCAGCCAGCCCAGCUGCCCUCAGUGACCACACGCGGCCUGUGGGAGCUGGUCGGGGCCCUGGGGCAAGCGGACACGCUGGAGGGACUCGAGAACGACCUGUUCGCCUCUUGCUUCCUCGCCAUCGCCUGCUCCCCAGCACGGCACCUCUCGGGAGCCCAGCAGGACCUGCCCAGUGACGCCAGUCCCUGUAGGUAACGUGUGGGGUUGAUGGAUUCCAGCACCCACGCAGUGUCUGUGCCAGCCCCGAGGAGGGGGAAGUCUCCUGCUUGUAUUCUUGUUUUCCAGGAACCCCUGACGCCUUCGGGGGACUGAGGGUUCAGAUCAGCCAGGCUUCUCGUGCUUAGGAGAGGGCAGAGCUGCCCCCGGAUUCUCCUGGAGCCAGAGAGCUCCUCAGAGUGGGCAGCUCAUGGGGGCAGGGCUCAGAGCAGCUGGGUGUUCAGGGGGGCACUGCAUGUACUUUUCUCCCCAGGGUCAGUUUCGUGGGUGUGGGGAAUUUUCACUUCUUUGGAGGAGAGUGUAGGUCACAUCUGCAAACACUCCCCCCUGCCCCCGCAGUUGGGGAGUGGAGAACCAAAGGCAGAAGUGGAGCAGCUUCUAUUCUCACCCUGAUCCCUUCAGUGCUGCAGCAAGGGAGUCCUGCCUCCCCACCCCGCCCAGAGAGCAGGCAUCCCCGCAUCACCAUCUCCUGCCCCCUUCUCUUCCCAGCAUGGCCGUGCAGGCCCUGGCGUGGGUGCUGCAUCUCAGGGGCAGUCAGCCAGCUGUGGAGCUAAUGGACCAGGAGCGAGGCUGGCAGCUGCUAGAGGCCCAGCCCGAGGGGUUCGCUCUCCUUAGCAGGGCCAUGGUGAUCCACCCAAAGCAGGCCCUGAGGAGCAUCCCGUGGUUCCUCCUUCUCAGCCUCCAGCCCAGCCAGGAGGGCGAACGCAUGGCCUGCACUGUCCUGUUGGCAGAGUUCCUUGGCAGUCCCCUGCUGAUGGAGAAGGAGC